AUGGAUUUGACAAAGGCUGUUGCCAUUGUCGGUAUAUCCUGCAAUUUUCCCGGAGGCGAAGGCAUUGAGACAUUUUGGGAGACAUUGGUGAAAUCAAAAAAUCAUCUCAAAAUUAUUCCUAAUGAGCGUUUCAAUAUUGAUGCUUUCUACGAUUCCAACAGAGAUGCAAAAGGAAAAACAUAUACAAAACAUGCUGCCUUUUUGGAUAGCGUGUUUGACUUCGACAAUCGUCUCUUCAACAUGAACGAGAUCGAGGCAUCUAGGGCCGACCCCCAGCAUAGAAUAACACUUGAAUGUGUCUUCAAGGCUUUCGAGGACGGGGGGUUUCCUUUGAAUGAAAUGAGUGGCUCCAACACUGGUGUUUAUAUAGGUUCGAUGAACGAUGAUUACAAAGGAGUGACUGGAGAAUCAUUUGACUCUGACAAUUAUAUGUCUACUGGUACGGCAAGAGCUAUUCUUGCGAACAGAGUGUCGUAUACGUUUAACCUGCUAGGUCCAUCGCUGACUGUAGACACGGCAUGCUCUUCCUCGUUGGUUGCCAUACACUUGGGUAGACAGGCCAUAUUGACAGGAGAGUGCGAUAUGGCUGUUUGUGGUGGAACAAAUGUCCUGCUGAGCCCCUACAUGUUUAUUAACCUUUCGAGUGCACGUAUGUCAUCCGAAAAAGGCCAAUGCCACGCAUUCUCAGAAGAUGCCGACGGGUAUAUAAGAGGGGAAGGGUGUGGCAUUGUGAUCUUGAAAUCAGUGGAGCAGGCUCUAAGAGACAACGACAAAAUAUGGGGAUAUAUUGGAACUGGAAUAAAUUCAGAUGGUCGCAUGGUAACGCCGAUGACAGCCCCGUCCAUGGAAAGACAACAGCAACUUAUGGAACAUGUUCUGGCAAGAAUGGAUGUUGAUCCAAAAUACAUAGAUUACGUCGAGGCACACGGAACUGGAACUGAGGCUGGGGAUCCAAUAGAAGCGAGAAGUGUGGGGAUGGCAAUAGCAACAAAACGUCCAAACGAAUUCGGUCCUUGUCCAGUUGGAUCAGUUAAAACAAAUAUCGGGCAUACAGAAUCUGCAGCUGGUGUAGCAAGUCUCAUAAAGAUUCUACUAAUGAUGAAAUACAACACAAUUGCACCUACCAUCGUGUUUAACAGGCCAAACCCUAACAUUGAUUUUGUAGCGCUAAAUAUACGAUUGCCGACAGAGGUCGAAGUUUGGACCAAGCAGAAUGACAAACCACGGCUCGCUUCACUGAACUGUUACGGAUUUGGAGGAACAAACUCUUUUGGCGUAGUUCAACAACACAUCCAAGAGGAGGAGUCAAUGAGUCAUAUUAUGGAGCAAGAGAUUGUUGUUCUUUCAGCCAACAACACAUUCUCUCUAAUGGAAUCCAUUAGAGACCUUUUAGCAUGUCUAAAUACAGUGGAUAUGAAACUUGAGCACUUGGCAUACACAUCAACAAUCAGACGUACACACUUUGAUAAAAGGAUUGCUGUCGUAGGAGCUGACAUUGCAGAGAUAAAGAAAGGACUGGAAGUACGAUUGGACAGUGUUGAUGCUGUACAUAUACGAAGGGAAAGGCUAAGAAUAAUAUUUGUAUUUUGCGGAAUGGGGACACAUUGGGUCAGUAUGGGUGUUGAGAUGCUCACAAACCACGUAGAGAGUGUUUUCUCACAAACUCUCUUGAUUGUUGAUCAGCAAAUUUCGAAGCAAGAAGGAUGGUCAUUGAUCAACAAGCUGAAAACCAAAAGUGAUUUGUCUGAGCCGUCAAUAGGUCAACCAGCAAUAUUUGCAAUACAAGUGGCACUUGCACGACAGUGGAUUGAGUGGGGGAUCAAACCAAGUCAUAUAAUAGGUCACUCUGUCGGAGAGGUAGCAGCGUGUUGUAUCGCUGGAAGACUCUCUUUGGAAAGUGCCACCAAUGUAAUUGUAGCACGAGGAAAAUGUAUCCAGGAAGCAGGCGGGGGUGGAAUGCUAGUUGUUAGCAACUACGAAAUCGAAAAUAUAAAAAGAGAGGCCGAAAAAAUUGAUUUGGAGAUUGCUGCAAUAAAUAGUCCAAUAUCGUGUACACUGUCCGGAGCAAGGGACAAUGUUUCAGCAAUAUUGGAUCAGCUCGAUAGCAUAAAACAGGCGGAAAAUGUCAACAUAUUUUUGCGAGAGCUGGAUGUUUCAGUUGCUUACCAUAGCAAAUUCAUGGAUCCUAUCUUGGGAAAACUGAAAAGGGAAUUGCAUGCCAUUGACUUAGAUGCUCCAGAGGCUAAAGAACCGAAUCCCCAGCUCAUUUCAUCUGUUACUGGUUUGGCUGUAACUGAAAAUGAUUAUGUCAAACCCGAGUAUUGGCUGCAAAAUGUACGACAGACUGUAUUGUUCCGGGAAGCAAUGGGUGCUGCAAUGGAUUCCUCGUGUCACAACCUUAUUUUAGAGGUCGGACCACGGCCAGCUCUAAGAAAGAAUAUCCAAGACAACAUUGGACAACAUCCUCAUACUAUUUUACCCUCAUUCAGGCCAAACAAAGAAUGGUCAAGCCUGAUGGCGUCCCUGGGACGAAUGUAUGAACACGGAUUGGAUAUUGAUUGGGAAAAGGUAUCUUCUUCCCAACAUACUCCAAUUCCAUUUCCGAGGUACCAGUUUAAAAGAAACCAUGUUAAAUAUUACCCAGACGUGGCAGAAUCAAUUUACAAAACUGGGGAAAAGGGAAUAUUUGGUAAUGUACAAACGCAUCCAUUCAUAACAGGUGGUCUAGAUGGGCAACACUUUGUGUGUGAUGUAAAGAUAGACAAAAUGCCAUUUGUAUUUGACCAUAAAUCAUCGAAUAGGAUUCUUGUUCCCGGUGCAACAUAUGCAGAGCUAGGCAUUAGCUGCUCUAUGCUUUUUGACAAAAGACUCGGUCUUUCAGAAUGUGUAUCAUCCUCAGUGAGGUUUCUUAGUCCAUGCACACUUGAGAGUGAGAGUGCUACAACUAAACUCGACAUACACAUCUCAUCUGAAAAACCUGAUUUUGUGUCAUUCACAAUCAGCUCUGAAAAAAACAAACAUGCAAUUGGAUCAACAACGUUUUCUGAUUGCUACAUAGGUGAAACAAACAUCGACGUUAAACAAAUAGAAGCCAGAUGUCCAGAUGAGUAUGAUGGAAAUGUGAUGUAUGAACAAUUGGAGAAAUACAAGUUCACUUAUGGACUGAGUCUGAGAGGAAUAAAGAGCUACAAAACCAAUGGCAAUGAAUGGCUCUUACAAUAUUCAAUGCCAGAAUCUGUUGUGGAUAGCAAGGAUAGGAUGCUUAUUCACCCAGCAGUCCUCGAUAACAUCCUUCAAGCCCUGGCACUUGUGCCAGAAGAUGGUGAAACUGCAUUUCCUUUCGAAAUCAGAAAAUUGACAAUUAGAAAAAGUUUACCUUCCGAGGCUCUCAUCUAUAUACAAUCUGAAUUGGUCCAGGAGGAUCGCAUCGUUUGCCAUGCAGCACUGACGACUGAGGUUGGAGAGGUGGUCAUUGAAUGCAAAGAUAUAACAUUAAAGCUACUCACAGGAAAGCAAAUAUCUCACCAGGUGGACGUUUCGUACUCUGUAUAUUGGGAAAAGUUGCAAAAUCCAGACAAUAAUUCAGAACAUGUGUCACAGAAAUGUCUCAUUCUCAAAGAUCCAACAGGAAUAAUGGAGAAACUGAGACCGUUUAUCAAUUCAGACUCCACAUUCAUCUCUCCCCCUACAGCAGAUUUAUACGAGGACUUCAUUUCUAAUAGUCAGUCUUUAGAAAACAUUCUGAAUUGUCACUCAGCCUCGUUGAACAGAUACGAUUUGGUCAUCUUUGCCUGGGGAAUUCAAGAUGUAAAUGAAAUUAAUGUUGCAUCAAUGAUGGAUGAAGUUGAAACCCCCAUUCUAUUUGCAUGUUCAGCAUUGAGACAGCUUGUCCAGUGGCUUUAUAGAAUGUCCCCCGAGACUCCCCUCUACAUCGUAACUAAUGGUUCGCAGGUCUUUCCCGAUCGGAAAGGACCUAUUAGUCUUUGUGGCAGUUCCAUCUGGGCAAUGACUCGAACUCUUGCAAGAGAAAAAGUCUUUAAUAAUCUCUUCCAAAUUGACUUAUCCACUGGAAGUGACUUUGAAGUUGAAAGUCUCAGUAGCCAUAUAAACAAAGCACCUGACCAUCCUGAGUUGUUAUAUAAAGCUGAUGACGUUUACGUCAAUCAAAUCAAACCAUAUGCUAAUCGCUCAGUUGAACAUCGAUUGCCAAUCUCAAACAUCAACAACACCAAGAGAGUACUCAUAUCCGCUGCUUCUGGGAAAAUAACAGACCCGACCUUUAUGAUCCAGUAUCAAAAUUGCCCAACUGGAUUAAGCAAUUCUGAAUGUUUAGUAUAUAUCGAUUCAUUUAGAAUAUGUAAUAGUGGUCUCUUUGGUCUUGUUGAUUUGAAUGCCAUAGUUACAAAACCAUGGGGAGUAUCAUCAAACAAAUACGGCUACCCUGUCAAUGCAAUUGACUUCAUCGGCCAUGCCAAAAUCCAAAAAACAAACAAAUUUGAAAAGGUUCUUGUUUGUUACCCGCAUGUUGUUGAGACAACUCUCGUUGCUCCUAGGAGUUGUGUUUUCUCUUUGAAAAAGAUUCCAUUUGAGACGGGGUCGCUUUACAUUUCUAUGUAUGUCAUCUGUUGGAAUAUAAUAACCAAGCACCUUAAACUCAAACACGGUUCAGCCAUUUACAUGUCAGGGUUUGAGCAACACAGGGAUUUAGGUCACCUCUUAUGUGGUCUUUUAGAAGCAUCUGAUAUACAAGUUACAACUAAUGUGACCAGGACAAGCCAUGCAAUCAUUCUCGUCGAUGGCCAUCUUGACAUGGAGAAAAUCCAAUAUAUGCAAAAGGCCGAAACGGUCAAGCAAAUUGUUCUGAUAGAAACAAUGAAUUCAACCAAAAACAUUGAUAUCUUGUGCCAGGCUUUCAGACACAAAUCUGAAAUAUCUGUUCUACAAACGAAUUUGGUACUCAGUCCAUAUAACUUACAGAAAACCCUUAAAAAGGUAAUCGAGUGGACAAAGUCUGUAAAACUAUUUCAAAAUCCACUUCCCAUUCACAGACUUGAAGCACAAGUUGACUUUGAUGCCCUCAAUAAGCCUGAUCUUGACAGUAACGCCAUAUACAUCUGCAACCUACGGCGAUAUCCUGCAUGUAGUUCCUCGGGACAGAGAAAUAAUCAUCUCGGAAAAAAAUGGCAACCUGAUUCAAGAAACAGUAUCACUGGGCAAUUUGACGGAUGUAUGACUUCAACAUGUGAUAUGACGAAAAAAGAACUCCUGAACCACAUACAACAAACUACAGCCAUGGAGCAAUUGGAACAUGAACAUCAAGGUCUUGGAGAAUUCGCGGGUCAUUGUUUCCCAGUUUAUGUAGGAAAAGAUCAACUAUUCCGGCCCGAUGCAGCUUACAUUCACAUUGGGAGUACAAACGGACUCACCUCAGAAUUGAUGAAGCACAUGGCAAUGAAGGGAGCUGGAUAUCAAAUUAUUCUAUCGAGGUCUGGGGGAAAUCAAACACAGGAUAUGUUGAAUAUUGAAAGGGAAUUUGGUGUCAAAAUAAUCACCAUCUCUGCAGAUGUAACGAAAAUUGAAACACUGCAUCAUGCAGUUGAACAUUUUUACAAGAUUCACCCAGACGUACCAAUAAAAGGAAUAUUUAAUGGAGCAGUCAUCGUGGAAGAUGGACCAUUGACAAUUAUGGAUGAGAUUCGAUUCCAGAGAGCAACAAAACCCAAAAUCAAGGGCUCUUGGAAUCUUCACCUGCUGUCCUUGGAUAUGAAUCUUGAUUUCUUUGUGAUGCAUUCUUCAAUGGCAUCUAUAUUUGGAAAUCCUGGUCAGAGCAAUUACUGUGCUGGUAAUGGUUUCCAAGAUGCCCUAUCACUUUUCAGACGGCAUCAUGGGUAUCCCUCGUUGACGAUUAACUGGGGGGCAAUGGAUUUGGGAACCCUGAAGAGCAAUGAGAAAGUCCAAAGGAUGCUAGAGAAGGAUGGUAUAAACACGUUGGAUGCUAACUGUAUUGCUGAAUGCUUCGAUUUUGCAUUAACAGCAAAUCCUGAACAAAUCACGUUUGUAAAUGCCAACUGGAAGAAAAUAUUCAAAUCAAGGCUUAUAAAGGUAAGAAAUAUCUGGACCAGAUUUGAGGACUUGAUGAAAAUACAUUCUCCAGAAACGUAUGAUGCAAUUUUGAAAGGUGCCCAUAAUCAGACCGAAAACGAAUUGAUGGCUGGUGAUGUUACAGAAGCAACUGGAGUACGUGUAGAGCUGAAAAGACUACUUGCAAAAUUAGUUAUGACCGACGAAGACGAAAUGGAUGACUCAACAUCAAUUCUCGAAUUAGGAAUCGACUCGGUAGUUGUUGUUGCCCUUCAGUCAGAAAUAUCAAUCACCUUUGGCGUAGAUAUCCCUAUAGUUGACUUGCUGAAUGAAACUACGACUAUUUCACAACUAGUAGAAAAAUUAGGUGGCGACUCUGAUGGUGUCAAGAAUAUUCACGAGGUCAACAUAUACGACACAAUCGGUCCUCAUAAUCGAACAAGAGAUUUGUAUAAUGAUGUCAAAUCUAAUGGCGCUCUCGAAGGAUCUAGCUUUAACUCAACUGGCGAAUCAAGUGUCAUUCCUUCAGUUAAUGGCAAUUCUAAUUCACCAGGUGACGUUGCGACAACGUCCCAUUCUACACAGGACAAAGAAGUGACCAUUCGUGAACCCAUGCACAUUCCUUUUAGAAAUCGCGAUGGAAGGCCAGCCCUGGUAUACCACAAUGACCACAUAACUGAUCAUCAGAAUCUGAAGGGAUUGAACCUUGAUUUACCGACUCUCGAGAAAGGUGAUGUCUUUGACAAGAAAACACGACAUGGCUUGAAAAAGAAAAAACAGGUGGUGCUGAAAGUUAUUAGGGAUGCUUCAAUGGAUUCCAUCGUAUAUGCAAUAUCAUGGAACAGUAGAAAACAUGGCCUGGUUCUUAUAUCCGAACUAACAUCUGUGAAAUAUAGAACCGAUGAAGAGUUCUAUCUUUUGGACAUAGAAACAGCAAAAAGAACAUUCACCUUUUCUACAACAAUCAAAGAUACUGCGACCAAAUGGUACAAUGGGCUAACUGAGUUAGUUAACGUAGACACAACUAGAUUAUAG